AUGCACCCAGCAGUGGCAGCCGCCGGCGGCGCACAGGUGACCGGCCUGCGGCGCAGCCUGAUCUGGGGGCGCCCGGAGAGUGCCGGCUGGAGAGGGAGACCGAUCCGCCCCCAGCGCGCGCGUGUCUCGGCGCCAGGAGCCGUCCCGGGGCGUGUUGGCGAGAGCUGAUAUAGAUAUAAGGACAUUUCUCUCCAUGGCGUCACGUGACAUAAUUACCACCAGAAUCAAUCAAGAUGAAUUGCACGUCAGCGCCCGGUGGGGAUUUUUGCUUAGUUGAUCCUGGCCCAAGCCUCUUGUGCAAUCGAUGGCUCAGGUUGGCGGCGCGGGGAGCGGCCCGGGGCUCGCCGGCGCGCACGCCGCGGAGCCAUGAACGACUUUGAUGAGUGCGGCCCGAGCGCAGCCAGCAUGUACCUGCCGGGCUGCGCCUACUAUGUGGCCCCGUCGGACUUCGCCAGCAAGCCGUCGUUCCUAUCGCAACCGUCGUCCUGCCAGAUGACUUUCCCCUACUCUUCCAACCUGGCGCCGCACGUCCAGCCCGUGCGCGAAGUGGCCUUCCGCGACUACGGCCUGGAGCGCGCCAAGUGGCCGUACCGCGGCGGCGGCGGCGGCGGCGCGGGGGGCGGCGGCGGCGGGGGCGGCCCCGGCGGGGGCGGCAGCGGCGGCGCCGGGGGCUACGCUCCCUACUACGCGGCAGCCGCGGCGGCGGCGGCGGCGGCGGCGGCGGCUGAGGAGGCGGCCAUGCAGCGCGAGCUGCUCCCUCCCGCGGGCCGCCGGCCGGACGUGCUCUUCAAGGCGCCCGAGCCAGUGUGCGCCGCGCCCGGGCCGCCACACGGCCCCGCGGGCGCCGCCUCCAACUUCUACAGCGCUGUGGGCCGCAACGGCAUCCUGCCGCAGGGUUUCGACCAGUUCUACGAGGCUGCUCCCGGGCCCCCGUUCGCCGGGCCGCAGCCCCCUCCGCCUCCUGCGCCGCCACAGCCCGAGGGCGCUGCCGACAAGGGCGACCCCAAGACGGGGGCCGGUGGCGGCGGGGGAAGUCCCUGCGCCAAGGCGACCCCCGGCGCGGAGCCCAAGGGGGCGGCAGAAGGAGGCGGCGGCGACGGCGAGGGGCCCCCGGGGGAGGCGGGGGCUGAAAAGAGUGGCGGCACAGUGGCCCCCCAGCGGUCCCGGAAAAAGCGCUGUCCCUACACCAAGUACCAGAUCCGCGAACUGGAACGCGAGUUUUUCUUUAACGUGUACAUAAACAAAGAGAAAAGACUCCAACUCUCUCGGAUGCUCAACCUCACUGACCGGCAAGUCAAAAUCUGGUUCCAGAAUCGAAGAAUGAAAGAAAAGAAACUGAACAGAGACCGUCUGCAGUAUUUCACUGGAAACCCCUUAUUUUGAGAGCUCCAGGAAGCACCCCUCUCCCCGAGCCCCACUCACCCACCCUCCUCCCCAGCAACCUGCCCUCGGCAGGCCCAAUGUCCUUGGGUUUAAUGACGCCUCUUCUCUGUGGAACUCCACGAUUCCUUCCCACGGUCAACUCGGGACCUCCCAGCGACCACUGCUGCCUGCGGACGAGGCCGGGGACUUGGCCGAAUGGAUCCUAAUAAGGGGAAAAUGGUAAAUGCAAACGUCCCUUUACAAUUUUACCGCCAAUGUGCUGUUGUUCUCCCUCCCUCACUCUGAGUCCCCGUGGGGACGCUGUGGGAUCUGUAGAGAGUUUAGGCCGCUGGGUUGGUUGGAAGGCACUUGUUUUUGUUCUGAGUUUAAGGGACCCGACCUUCCCCCUUGGUGAAUGCAGAUUAUUUAAACUCUGGGAAAUGUACCUUUGGUCUGUCGUAUCGAGGCAUAAGUCACUGUGUUUUGUGUGAAUAAAUGGUUUCUAGUAAAAUGGAGGUUACAGCUUCAA